CUUGAUACAAGAACGACAAGUGCAGAUUCUUCAACAUGCGGGUUGUGGUCGUGGGAGGUGGUAUCGUCGGCCUUUCCACGGCGCUCUUGCUCCUGGAACAAGGCUUCCGACAUGUGAAGAUCGUCGCAGACAACUUUGACGACACGACAUCCCACACAGCAGGUGCCGUGUGGCGUCCGUUCUCCAACGCCGCGACACCAGAACGAAUCAUGGAUGCCUGGGGCCAUGAGACGAUAGUGUGGCUGCAAGGACUUUUGGAUGCGCAUGGAAGUACGGUCGUGGGUGUUCAGAAAACCCCCGGCACUGAACUCCACGAUGUGCCGACGACAACACAUCCCUAUUGGGCUCAUUCCGUCGACGGAUUUCGAUUCCUCUCGCCAGACGAAGCGAACAAGUAUGGCAAGGCCUACGGAUUCGAGUACACGUCGCUGAUGAUCCAUUCUGGGGUAUUCAUGGCGUGGAUUACCAAGCAAAUUCAGGCGAGAGGCGGUACCUUUGAGACGCGGCACCUUUCCUCGUUGGACGACCUUCAUAACGAAGGGAGCGACAUCAUUGUCAAUUGCUCAGGUUUGGGAGCCGGCAAGCUCGUCAACGACGCGACCGUGUACCCUGUGCGCGGCCAAGUUAUCAAAGUGUUCAAUCCAUUGAUCACGCACUUUUUCCUUGUCGAAAGCGGAGGCCAUUACACGUACAUAUUGCCGCGGCCCGGGGGAGAAGUCAUCUUGGGCGGUACCGUCCAAGCCCACAACUGGAGCACCGCCUGCGACGAAGACGACGUGAAGCAAAUACUCGCGCGAUGUGCCGACCUUGUGCCAGCGGUCAAGGAAAGUCGCGUGCUGCACACGAAGGCCGGCCUCCGACCGUCCACGUCCCGGGGAACGCGGGUGGAAUUGGACCCUAAGCGGACUGCCAAUGGAGCCUGGGUCAUCCACAACUACGGACAUGGCGGCAGUGGACACACCAUCCACCGCGGGUGCGCCGCCGACGUCGUCAAGAUCGCUCAGUCUCUAACGGCCAAGCUGUAAAGUUCUGAAAAAUGAGUUUGGUUAUCCGGAUUUGUUGCACCAAUUUAUCCGGACACAUAUGGAAUGCAAACGUUAUUCUGAGUUGUC